AUGUCACCACACGCACAAGACACUGUCCCGACUGGGACAAAUAACUGGUGGAAGGAGGCGACAGUCUAUCAGGUCUACCCAGCAUCUUUUUAUGACUCCAACGGUGAUGGCUGGGGUGAUAUCCCCGGUGUAGUUGAGAAAGUCCCCUACCUUCACUCGCUCGGCAUAGAUGUGGUGUGGCUGUCUCCGAUGUAUGACUCGCCCAUGCAUGAUAUGGGCUACGAUGUAUCCAAUUAUGAGAAGGUGUUGCCUGCCUACGGUACUGUGAAAGAUGUGGAGGAUCUCGUUGAGGCAUGUCACCAGCGAGGCAUGAAGCUGAUUUUGGAUCUUGUGGUCAAUCACUCCAGUGACGAACAUGCCUGGUUCAAGGAGAGUCGCAGUAGCAAGGACAAUGAGAAACGUGACUGGUAUUUUUGGCGUCCUCCGCGAUAUGAUGAGGCUGGAAAUAGGGUGCCGCCGAGUAACUACCGGGGAUACUUCGCAGGGAGUACUUGGACUUGGGAUGAGACAACACAAGAAUACUACCUUCACCUCUACGCAAAAGAGCAACCCGACCUCAACUGGGACAACAGAGCUACGCGCGAAGCUAUCUACAACAGCGCAGUUCGGUUCUGGCUAGACAAGGGUGUCGAUGGCUUCCGAGUCGACACUGUCAACAAGUAUAGCAAGCAUACAAACUUCCCCGAUGCCCCAGUCACGGAUCCAAAGAGCGAUAUACAGCCAGCUAUCCAAAUGUGGUGUAACGGACCUCGAAUCCAUGAAUUCUUGCGAGAAAUGUACGACGAGUCGUUUGCUCCAUACGGAGACGUGAUGACGGUUGGCGAGCUGGCCAAUACUCCCGAUCCCAAAAAUGUCCUAGAAUAUGUCGGCGCAUCAGCCAAGGAGCUGAGCAUGGUGUUCCAUUUGGACAUUGGACACAUCGGCAUGGGACCCAGUCUGGAAGAGAAAUACAUCUUCCAUCCCUGGAAAUUGACGAAGAUGAAGUCCAUAGUGGAGAAAUGGCAAUCUUUCAUCGAGGGAACAGAUGGCUGGACCACUGCUUUCUGUGAAAAUCACGACAACGGUCGCUCUGUCUCUCGUUUCGGGUCUGAUGCACCCGCGUUCCGGGAGAUAUCUGCCAAAAUGCUGGCCCUGAUGAUGGUUACCAUGACUGGGACAUUGUUCAUCUACCAGGGCCAGGAGAUUGGCAUGAUUAACGCUCCUCGCGAUUGGUCAAUUGAUGAAUACAAGGAUAUCGAAGGGCUGGGGUACUACCGGGAAGCAGAGCGACGAAGUGCGAGUGGAGAUGAUCCCAAGCGCAAAGAGCGCAUCAUGGAUGGUCUACGUAUCCUGGCUCGUGACCAUUCUCGGCUGCCUAUGCAGUGGGAUGGCUCUGAGCAUGCUGGCUUCACUACUGGAAAGCCAUGGAUGCGAGCUCAUGAUCUUUCCAAUGAGAUCAAUGUCAAAAAACAAGAGAAUGACCCAUGUAGUGUGCUGUCAUUCUGGAAAAAUGUGUUGCGUCUGAGAAAAAAGUAUCGAGACUUGUUUAUCCACGGUGCGUUUGAAGUGCUCGACUAUGAAAACCAAGAGACCUUCUGCUUUGUGAAAUCAAGGGAUGAUAGACAGGCAUUGGUUGUUCUAAACUUUACUGCAGCAUCUCAGCCAUUUACGCAGGCUAAGAAAACUGUGGGCAAAAGUUUGCUGGUGAGCAACUAUGAUAGCUCGUCUCUGGAGACACUGGGGCCUUUUGAAGGCAGGGUGUAUGUUUGA